CGGAGGGUUAAAAGAGAGAAAAAAGCAAGCAAACGUCCCAUUAGCUCCAGACAUUUUGAUACACGCAAAUAGUUAAAAUAAGGGACUGUAGAAGGACAAUUGUUCUUCAUCCCUGUCAAAAUAAGAAUGUUCUCUUUUACCAUCUUAUUUUAAUCCUUAGGUUAUGAUUAUGUGAACUAUUCUAUGAAUAUUAUUCUAUCAAAGGACAAAAGAUAGCUUUGUUGGUAGGUAUAAACUUAGUCCUGAGUAUUUAUCGAUAAACGGCGAAAAUACAUAGCCUAAAUGAAAGUUACCACGGUGCUGUAGUAAUUGGAGGAAAACACCUAAGUGCGUUAUCGAGUCGAUUCCGGAUCAGUUAUCAUUAAGCAAUGUUCACCGUUAAUAUGCCGCCAAGAUGGCAGGUCUUAUUCGAGCGAGUCCGAUUAGAUGUGGUGGGCUGGAGCGCAGCGGAACCCGUCAUGCGAGUAGUGCAGUGAGACCGGCGAGGAGCGAGGCUGCUGGAAACGGUGAACUGGUGAAUGGCAGUCUGUCGGUGAACUUACGCGCUCGGCUGUCAGACGGCGACGCGGGAGCCGUGCGUAAAACAAAGUGGUGCGCCUCGAAGUCUGGAGCUCGCCAACUCCAAAAAGAGGAUACACAAGUUGGGUCGGACGAACUGCUAAUCACUUGUUACCGGCGCGACGCUUUUGAUAACAUGCCUGCCAUCAAAAAGGAGAGACUCGAUGGCGAAGACAUGGCAUUAGCCGCCUUCAACCAGCCCGAAUACCUGGCCCCUUUAAAUGCCACCGCUAUCCCCGUGGUGACCCCUCAUCCACCGUCGUACGACCACAUUUUCGCCCAUCAUCGUGCUUACUUGGGGCUGCACGACACAGCGCUGCACCAACAACACCUUCACCAUCACACUGACGACUUAAUGCUGGAGAGGUUUUCUUCGAUCCCCGACUUUCAGCCGUUUUUCGACAACGGGGAGCCAUGUAUCGAAGUGGAAUGCGGAGAGAACAAGGCAUUGCUGUACAUUAACAAACUGUGUCAAGGCAGUAAAGGACCCUCGAUCAAAUACCGGGGCGAGUGGCUCACCCCGAACGAGUUUCAGUUUGUGAGUGGAAGGGAGACAGCAAAAGACUGGAAGCGAAGCAUAAGACACAAAGGGAAAAGUCUGAAGACACUUAUGUCCAAAGGAAUCUUACAGGUGCAUCCUCCAAUCUGUGACUGCCCUGGCUGUCGUAUUUCAUCACCAGUGAACCGUGGGCGUCUGGCCGAGAAGCGCACCAUCCCGCUGCCGCCUAGCCGCGUUCCCAAGAAAGAGCUGGCCUCCGUUUUCAGCAGCGACGACAGCGAGGGCAGCGAGAGGGUCAGCCUGGACCAUGCCGACAUCAAGCAGGAGGAGGAGCUGCACUACACUAUGAUGAGAAAGAGUAGUCGUGACAGUGACCUCUCGACGAUCAUCUCCAACCUGCACCACACCCGCCAGCACGGCAUGCCUGAGGGCCAGCCCUGCUCUGACAUCACCCUUGCAUCUGCACAUUCAGAUGACGUUGUAGGUAAGAAGCGAGCCUACUCCCCCAACAGCAGCAGCGAGUGCCCGUCUGACAGCAAGAAGUCCCGCAGUGCCUCUCCCAAAGAGAAUUCACAAACCCCUGCUCUGGAGCCAGCUGGUCACAUGACCCCCGAGGAGCACUACAGGCGGAUGAUGUCAGCGCUCAAUGACCACACCUCCUACGACGAGCAGCAGCAGCGCCUCUACCAGCUGGCGACCAACAUGGGCAUCCCAGGCCAUGAGCUGCUGCGCGUGCGUCAGGAAGCCAUGGCUGCUGGGAGGAACCCAGGAGCCUUGGAAGCCCAUCUCCCAGGAGCAGGGAGCUCCUCCAGCCAGCGACGCAAACAGGGCCUGCCCCAGCACAGGGAUGCCCAGUUCACGGAGAGAGAGAUGUCCCACCCUCCUCCGCUGCUGUCCCCGCAGAACGCGCCCCACAUCGCGCUGGGACCACACCUGAGGCCACCCUUCCUGGGCAUGCCGUCGGCCCUCUGCCAAACGCCAGCGUAUGGGUUCCUGCCACCCGCCCAGGCGGAGAUGUUUGCACGUCAGCAAGAGAUUCUUCGCAAACAGAACCUCGCCAGGUUGGAGAUGUCCGCCGAGCUUCUGCGGCAGAAGGAGCUGGAGAGCCUGCAGAGGCAGCGGCUGCUAGCCGAGCCGCUGGGCCUGCACGCAGGCCUCCCAGCCGAGCACCCGGCCCUGCGCAGCCUGCAGGACAUUCCCGAGGGUCACCCGCUGCGCGAUGAGAUCACCCGCCGCAACGCCAUGCUGGUGCUGAGGCACAACAGCGCGCCUCUUCUCUCGCUCAAUCACCAGGCGGCGGCCGCCGCCGCCGCCGUGGCCGGCACCUCCUUCAGAGAAGCCAUCGGGCGCAAGAGCCACAGGAAGGGCGGGGCGCCACAGGCGGAGCACCAGGGCAGCGAGGCGCGCGGGGAGGGAAGGCAGCGCGAGACCGACGGGCACGACGAAGACAUGAAGGACUCGGAUAGCGACGGCGAGGCGGGAGAGGAGCGGCCGGAGGGGACGGCCAAGGCAGACGGGCAGGGGCCGGACUCGGAGGCGUGCCAGAGCAAGGACGCGGCCAAUCCUGGAGAGGGGCUGAAAGAGCUCGGGGAAGGGUCGGGCAGGCUCGGCGUUCCCUGCGGCUCUGCCGGGCCAGACUCGCCCAGCCAUCAUCUCUUCACACCAGGACUGGGCAAGAGCGAGGUCAAGUAUCUACCACCUGCUGCGCUGCCCCCCUUCCCUGCGCUGGCAGGACAAACUCUGCCCUUUGGCUUCCCCUAUGCCAGCCCCUACUUCCACACCGGCGCCAUGGGAGGUCUGUUCACGGACGGCGAGGAGGCGGCAGCCGAGGACGUGGGCAAGUGGAGCGUGGAGGAGGUGUGCAGCUUCAUCAGCAGCCUGGCCGGCUGUGGAGAGUACGCCCAGGUAUUUCGAGAGCAGGCUAUCGACGGCGAGACGCUGCCCCUGCUGACCGAGGAGCACCUGCUCAACAACAUGGGGCUGAAACUGGGCCCUGCCCUCAAGAUCCGCUCUCAGGUGGCCCGCCGCAUUGGCAGAAUAUUCUACAUGACCAGCUUUCCGCUGGCCCUCCCGCUACCGCCAUCUGCUCUGCGUCCCCCGGACAGAGACCCCCUGCCCGCGGAGACCCGGCCGCCCUCGGCUGGCAGCACCUCUUCCCCCUUCCCCGCACCUCCGGCUUGCCGCGCCUCCCCUAAGCAGGAGAACGGAAAUCCCCACCCUGCGGGGGCUUACGACUCCACUAAAGCUCCCUCGUAGAAACAGCCAUUAAAAAAAAUGCAGAGCGCUUCCCCGUAUGGCCGGGGCAGCACUACAGGAAGGAGACAGAGAGAGAGAG